GGGCUGAUAACAGUGAUAAGUGGAAUACAGUCAUGGCCAAGAGAUAUCAAUGGAAGCAGAUGUAUGAUGGUGUCAACACUGCGGAGAAAGGUGGAUUCAGGCCCAAUUCGAACCUGUUGGAGAACUGCAACCGGGGGCCAACGAAUCGAGUUGUAGCAUCUAGAUGAAGUUCGAAGCGGACAGAAAGGUCGAUGAUGCGCCUGGUGCGGCUAAUCCGCGGCUACGUCAUGGCCCCAGGCAACGUCCUCGCUCUGGCCUACAAAGUUACUGCAGCCAGCGGAAUUGGCCCCAACCCAGCCCAGCUUCCCACUGGAGACCAUUAUUGUUGAGCCACAAGUAUCUUAGUAAUUGCUCUUGGCGUCGGGAAUCUGCUCCGUUUCAAGGGAACGAAAGUGUUCUGGUUAACUAGCUAUAUCGCCUUUUACGCUCCUCUUUGUCGCUGUGAACUGGACAAGCUCGGUCUUCCAAACUGACUACUGAUUCGCUACCCCCGUUUCGAAUUUUCGAAUUGCAAGGCUGAGUUGACGCGGACAUUGCGCUGGGCUUCGGAGAAGAACGAAUAGAAGUCAAGUUGAUAUUCGAGAAAAAAAGUUUCUAUCCUUCGACUCGGGCUUUAUUCCAUGCGACAUCUCACAAUUCAAGUUGCUUCUGGUCAUAGGAGCUGGUUGAAUACGGGACCCCAUAUGCUCCCCAGACCCAUCGAGCUAACUGGUGCCGAAUUCCAUUUUAUUCCCGUACCCUUCAUCUUUCGAACGGGAUGGUCUCCAUAUAUUUGAUAGCGCGAUCCGGGGAGCCCUGCAUACGAUGCCUCAUUGACAGAGAACUCUCUCAAAGCGCAUGGAUAUUUCUACGAGCCCGUCGACAGUACCAUAAUGCCUCUGGUCGCUGGCGGCCAAGCAACCAGCUCGAGGUGGACCCCAAUAGCCUCGAGGAGACCAUACAAAGACAUCGAUCCGCCAACCGCCAGACGUUCACUAUUCGAAAGAUACCCUCUCGAACAAAUGAUUUUAAGGCGACAAUUCGCCCGGAAUUUAUCCAAUCCCGUUGGAAAUUGGAGGCAGAUCAGUCGGAUCAGCCUGCUCGUCAAGUAGACCUUUCCUGGAUUCUCGACCCCGGCGAAGGCGCCGGCUCCAAAUUUGACGUCCAUUCCUUCCAGGCCCGACGCUACGCUGCAGUCGACCCGACAAGACCCAAUAUUUCAUGGACGAAGUAUGCACCUUACAGCCCAACGACAGAGCUCCCCUGGCUCAAUUAUGUGGAAAAGUCCGGCGGCGGAGCUGUCGCAUGCCUAGGCGAGGAAAUUAGAGCCUUUGAAAAAUACAUGCUGCCAACUCCUGGGGAGAGGGAUGCGGUUGAAAAAGCUCAAAAUGACGCAAUUGCAUCCUUACAAUCUGUUGAAGCGGACCUACCAAUUCUCAUCGGUUCGCAUAGAACUGGAAUGGCCCUACCCCACUCCUCUGUCGACCUGUUUGUUCCCAUCAAAGAUCUUGAGAGGGCAGAAGAUGGCCGAGGUCCAAGUGCCAAUCGGCCAAAGAUGGUGCAAGCCCGACUCAAACGCCUACGUGAGAUGGAGCGUAUACUGAAAAAUUCUCAGACCCUUUCCAAUGUUACGCUGAGGAGAGAUAGAGACCCAACCUUAUCAGCAAUUCACGUUGCUACGGGCCUACCGGUCCAAUUCCAAUGCGGACCCAGUCCACCCGCCUCCCUGGAUUUCAUACUCAACUACCGCGCAGAAUUCCCGACCCUCCGCGCUUUAUUCAUAGUCCUACGAAUGCUACUCGAAACGCGGGGUCUGCUUGGUGGAACUGAUGGCGGAAUGCAUCCUUAUCUCUUGACCAUGAUGAUUGUUGCAGCUCUCAAGAUUCGAGAGGGCAAAUACCAACGCGACAACGUGGGCGGCCAAUUGUUGCACGUCCUUGAAGUUUAUAUGGAUACAGAUUUUACUAGAUACGGCGUUUCUGUCGAGCCGCCUGGUCUGUUCGACAAAUGGCUAAGUCUAAGGGAAGUAAGGAACAAGGACGGGAGGGUGAUUCGCUUACACCACCCUUAUUUAAGGGGUCAGCGUAGCAUCAGCAAACGUUCCUUUUCACCCCCAAGCUAUGGGAUGCUGAGCCUGCAAGAUCCCUCUGAUUUCAUGAAUGACGUGGGGUGGACGUGUUUUGUUAUGCCCGAAGUGAAGCAGGUGUUUAAAGCUACACAUGCUGACCUCAAAGCUCGAAUAAAAUCCGAGGAAAAACCCAGUACUGCUCAACAGCAAGAUAAAGACGCCAUCCUUGGAAGCAAUGAGAACAAACCUAGCGAAAGCUUCCUUAGUUUCGCCCUGGGCGCAAACUACCACGACUUCGAAAGAUUCCGCGAUCACAUCCUCAUCGACGCAUCUCUGACAGGAGGAGAUGUCCGUACCGACGAAAUAAAUCGCAAUUUCGAACCGCGCCCUCGCCCGCUCGGGGAAGUGAGGACACACAUGGAAAGUUGGCGCACAGAAGGUGAAGAAGGCCACGUUCCUCGUUGAGGGAUGACUUUCCAGCAUCUCUGUAUUAGCAAAUUCAAUCAUAUACCUCCUGGCACUGGAUAGAUACCCUUUCAGACUUAUGACAACUCCCUCAUCUUUGAGACUGGGUCUUUGGCUUGGAUAUCCCGGCUCGAACAUAGCUCAUUUAAUUGAAAGAUACACCAAGCUGUAUAGAAGUAGUAGUUAGAAUCUUUAAUACCAAUGUCUCAUUACAGCUAGCGCCCACUUCCUUCUAAUGCUUUAGUUUCAUCCUCACUGUUUCCAUCUAAAUUUCUCCCACCCACCUUAUUCAACACUCCUAAGAGUGCGCAUGAAGCUUUUCUAGUAAUAGGGUCAUGUAUAUCGGCAUCUCUGAAGCGGUAUCCUCUUCUUCCCUCUUCGUGGCCCUGCAUGACGUACCAACAUAUCGCCCCUGAAAUCUGAGCAUCUAGUAUGGAUAUUUCGGUCGAUUGAAUAUAGGGGGGGCAGGGGUCUAUGAUCUAUCUAUACAUGCGCAAAUAUCCUAACUUCGCAGAAAAACACAAAGGCUCCAAGGAAAGCAACAAGAUGAGCAAAAAAGGCAAACCAAACCCAGUUAGAAAUCUUUAAUCUAAUAUACAGUUUCCACCCCAUCGACCAACUCUCUUACAUGUUCACUUCAAUCACUCAGUCAACUCCACAUCCCACCUCUCAACCAUCUUCUCCCCGCCUCUCCCCUGUACCCAAUUUUCCAACCAUCUCCGCUCUGCCGCCUCCGCCUCACCUUCCUUCAACCCAACCGAAACAUCCACCCCACCCCUCUCCUCCACGGCAAUCCUAACCUCCUCCGCACUCAUUCCCUCAACCCCUCCAUUCUUCACAAUCAACCAAUCAUCCACCUCAAGAUAUCUCAUCCACUUCCUCAACCUCGGCCGAUAGAUCUGAUUAACAAUCUCUGCCACGAGAAACCCAGGCAAAAAAGAACUACCAGUCACCUCAUGGCCCCGACUUAGCCUGAAAACCGCACACGCCCUCAAAACACCCGCCGUCGACGCAUGGUUAAUCAGCCCGUUAAUAUCCACCGUAUGCGGUAUCGCCGUGGCAUUAAGUAGCACAUCUAGAUUCGCAAUGGCAGUCGCUUUUACAGUAUCAAUGCCAUUCGCACCAUUGGCAGCAGCAGCAGCAGCAGCAGCAGCGGCAGCCCCAUCCACCUCCGCCGCCCUCACAGCCUUCUCCUUCCGCAAACACGCCUUAACCCGCUCCUUCUCCACCUGCCGCGGCACCCGACACGUAAACGGCGUAACCACGCUGCCCAGCGCCAGCACGACAAACGGCGUCAUCUCCCCGCACAGCAGCAAGAUGAGUGAGAACGGAAUCAUGCGGCGCACGUCGUACGCCGCGCGGCGGAUGAGCUGGAACUCGCUGCGAGAAACUUUCUUCGCGUACAUGCGCAGCAUGGCGGCGUUGUUGAUGUGUUUGACGGCGUAGACGGUCGGGGGAGGGGAGGUGGGGAGGAGUAGCGAGAGGCCUAGGCGGCUGCGGAGCGGGAGGGCGGCGCGGUAGUUAUAGUAAACGUUUUUAAGGCCGGUUUUGUAGAAGGAGAGGUAGGCUUUGCCGAGGGCGAAGUAGUAUUUUGCCUUGUUGGCGCUGGGGUCUUUUUCGGGGAGGGAAAGGGGGGCUGGGAGGGUGGAUAAUGGGGGGUUUAGGGGGGAGGUUAUGGUGACAGGUUGGACGGUGGUGGUAGCUGUGGUGGAGGUGGAGGUGGUAGGAGGUGGUUUCGGGCGGCCCGGUGUACUAGAGAAAUGGGCAAUGCCGGCUCCAUUGUUGCUGAGAAGGGGGAGGAGGUAGCUGUGUUGUAUUCUUUGGCGGUAGAAGGUGUGUGUUGGCUGCGGAAGACUACGAGCGGAGCGGGGUCCCGCUGGGAGGACGGCUAUAGUGGCGCAAAGGCCACGGCAUGAAUUGGCUAGCAUCGCAUGGAUGAAAGACAAAAAGGCAAAAGAGACGAGUUGGUAAUGAACGAAAGGGGAGGCGGAAUAUUUCUUAUCUCGAUAUUAUUGCAAUCGAGUUGGUGAUAAAAAUCUUGGGGAAAAUGGUGUGCUUAGUAAUCGACGGGUGAGAUUGCUUGAAAUACUACUGCAGAACUACCUAAAAAACCGAAAUUGAACGGAGUUUUGUCCGCUGAGAUUUCAUUUUACAUUAAAAGCUACCAGCAAUAAACAGAAGCCAAACGACCGACUUGUGGCUUCAAGGGUAGGGGAUGGGAAAUCAAACAAAAAAGCCAAUGAUUAGAU